GGAUCCAACUAGCAUGUUCGCGCGUGAAGCCUCGGGCGGUGCACACGGAGGGAAAUAAAUCGGGAUUUUUGCAGUUUUUUUUCUUUCCCUUCUCACCUGCUGAUCGGUCACCUCCUCUGUGACGACAUGUCAAACUCAAACAAAAGCAAGAAGGACAAAGAAAUCCUCGCGGAGUACGAGAGCCAAGUGAAAGAUGUGCGCGCCCAAUUGGUGGAGCAGCAGCGCUGUCUGGAGCAGCAAACAGAAAUGCGAGUCCAGCUGCUUCAGGACCUGCAGGACUUCUUCAGGAAGAAGUCCGAGAUCGAAACGGAAUAUUCCAGAAACCUGGAGAAGCUUGCCGAGAGGUUUAUGGCCAAAACACGCAGCACGAAAGACCAUCAGCAAUACAAAAAGGAUCAGAACCUGCUUUCUCCAGUUAACUGCUGGUACCUGCUGCUAAACCAGGUGAGAAGGGAGAGUAAGGACCACGCCACCCUCAGUGACCUCUACCUGAACAACGUCAUCAGCCGCCUCACGCACAUCAGCGAGGACUCUGCCCGCCUGCUGAAGAGGAGUAAGGAGAUCAUCUUCCAGCUUCAAGAAGACCUCAUGAAGCUUCUGAACGAGCUUUACACCGUGAUGAAGACAUAUCACAUGUACCACGUGGAGACGAUCAGCGCGGAGACCAAGCUGCGGGAGGCGGAGCGCCAGGAGGGCCGCGUGAAGGGCGUGUCGGGGACGGGCGGAGGGGUGGAGCCUGUGUUCGGCCUGCGGAUAGAAGAGCGGCACCAGAGACGCAACGCAGCCCGCAAGAUGGAGAAGAUGAGGGAGAAGAGGAAGGCAAAGUACUCUGAGAACAAACUGAAGACCCUUAAAGCCAGGAACGAGUAUUUGUUGACUCUGGAGGCCACCAAUGCCUCCAUCUUCAAAUACUACAUCCACGACUUGCCCGACAUCAUCGACUGCUGUGACCUAGGGUACCACUCCAGUCUGAGCCGGGCUCUGAGGACCUACCUAUCAGCCGAACUGAGCCUUGAAGCCUCCAGGAGGGCGGGUCUGGAGGUGCUGGAGGGGGCCGUGGAGGGCCUGGACCCCGCCCGAGACAGGCAGCGUCUGCUGGGCCUCUACCCCACCGCCUUCUGCCCCCCACAACGCUUCAGCUUCCAGGCACACAUGGGCGACACAGUGACCCAGAUUGCCUCCCAGCCGCAGAUCCAGGCUGAGCUCACACUCCGCCUCACGCAGCUGCAGACCCGCCUGGCGUCUCUGAAGAUCGAGAACGAAGAGGUGAAGAAGACCUGGGGCGCGACUCUGACCACCCUGCAGGACAUGUCGGUGCUGGAAGACUUUGACGUCUCUCAGAGCUUCACCCACAGCCCGUCCUCCGAGUCGGUCAAGUCAAGCGUGUCAGACGGAUACUUGAACAAACCGAGUCUGGCCAAGAAACGGGCCAAUCAGCAGGAGACGGAGCUCUUCUACUUCACUAAAUUCCGCGAAUAUCUGGAGGGCAGUAAUCUCAUCUCCAAACUGCAGGCCAAACAUGACAUACUGAAGAAAGCUUUAGCAGAGGGAUAUAAAGCUGAACUGCUGACGACCAGUCGUGGGCGGAAGAACUCCCACAGCAAGCACCAGGAUUCAACCAAAGCCAUACCUUUGCUUGUGGAAAGCUGCAUCCGCUACAUCAACCUACACGGUCUUCAGCAUCAGGGCAUAUUUCGGGUGUCAGGGUCACAGGUGGAGGUCAACGACAUCAAGAACUCCUUUGAGAGAGGUAACGACCCACUGAUUGAUGAGGAGAGCAACCACGACAUCAACUCUGUGGCCGGAGUGUUGAAGCUUUACUUCAGGGGUUUGGAGAACCCGCUGUUCCCCAAGGAGAGGUUCAAUGACCUCAUCUCCUGCGUCCGGAUCGAGAACAUGUACGAGAGAGCGCAGUGCAUCCGUAAGAUCCUUCUAGGCGUCCCGAGGGCGACGCUGGUGGUGAUGCGUUACCUGUUCGCCUUCCUCAACCACCUCUCCCAGUACAGCGACGAGAACAUGAUGGAUGCUGGGAACCUGGCCAUCGUCUUCGGCCCCACCCUCCUGCCCACGCCGGACACGCUGGACCAGGUAGCCUGUCAGGCGCACGUCAAUGAGGUCAUCAAGACGGUCAUCCUGAACCACGACAACAUCUUCCCCGACACCAAGGAGCUGCCCGGCCCCGUGUACGAGAAGUGUAUGACGGGAGACCAGUACUGCGAGAGUCCGUUCAGCGAGCCGGGGGCGCUGGAGGAGGCCGAGCCCGACGGCGGCACAGAGACCCAGACCAGCGACGAGGAGGGUGAGGGCGUGGAGGCGGUGGCGAGGUUCGACUACGUGGGCCGGUCGGGCCGCGAGCUCUCCUUCAAGAAGGGAGCGUCGCUGCAGCUCUUCCAGCGAGCGUCACAUGACUGGUGGGAGGGGCGGCACAACGGCAACCACGGCCUGGUGCCUCACCAGUACAUCGUGGUGAAGGACAGGGCCGACGUCAUGUCCGACACGCUCAGCCAGAAGGCGGACAGCGACGGGGGAAGCAGCAGCACCGACGACAAGAGGUCCAGGAGCGAACUGAGCUCUCCGACCGACAUCAGACCACCAGAGACCUACAACAGUCACAGGAGGAAGCGCACUGACGGUUUAUUCCGCCGCCCCCUCGGCCGCUCCAACGACAGCCACUGCCACGGGAACGGGGGCGUCAUGGAGAGAAGCUCCCCUCCGGUGACGGGUCACUUCAGCCCCAGGGAGCUGCUGCUUGGGCGGGGCCAGGGCUUGACCCCACCCCUCGACAGCCCGGAGCGCCGCCGUCGCUCUGCAGCCGCUGUGACCAUGACGGUGAGCCGACAUGAUUCACUGCGGAGGCCGGAGGACACGCCCAUCCGGCGCUCCAGCAGCGGACAGCACGGCUUCAGCGAUUCCCACCGCUCCAGAGCGCUGGACCCCGACACACUGGCUCAGGACAUCGAGGAGACGGUGACGGUGGCUCUGGGGGAGCUCCGGCAGCUGGAGCGGCAGGGCUGCCGGCCGGCUCCCGACGUGGUACUGGACACUCUGGAGCAGGUGAAGAACGGCCCCGUCACCACCUGCUCCUCUGAGUCUCCCAGCCCCCACAGCACCCCCAGCACCCCAGGCACACCGGGGACACCCGGCACCCCCGGCACUCCCGGGACCCCCGGCACCCCGAGCCCCCUCAGCCCUCUGAGUCCAAUCAGCCCGCUCCCCGGACCUCCGCCCGGACCCCCCCGACCGGCCAACCCCUCCCCCGACACCCUGGGCUCCUUUAAACCUGUGGCAGCUUCUCGUAUGGGGGCUCCGCUGCGGCCCCCCGCCCUGCGGCCCAAACCUGUAGUCCCGCCCAAGAGCAGCACCCCGCCUCUGCCCCCACCGCUGGACAAAUCCUGCACCAUGUGA